CCAUGAUGUGCGCGUGCCAGAGUUGACCGAGGAAAGACGCAAAGGGCUGGCGAAUGUCAGAGCGAUAUCCGUGGCGCAAGGCUGAAGAGGGGUGUGCAUAUUGAUCAGCUGAGCUUUGGUCAGCUGCAUCCUUCAGAGUUUCAGCCUCGUUGCACUUAACCUAAACCACGACCACAAUCCACCUUUUCACUCUACGUCUUCAUGAUUAUGAAGAUAUUUUCUGUGUUCCUACGCCUGGGAAGCAUCAUGGCCGCGCACACCGCAAGCCCAAGCGAGCCUGUCACGGUGCGAGAUCCAGUGCCCUUCUACAUCCCUUUGAUGCAUUUCGAGCGCACGCUCUUGUCCGAACUACGAGCCCAGCUUGACCAAGAAGGCUGCGCUGGACUCACCCUCGACCAACUUCCAGUGUCCGAAGUAUUCCAAAAGUGGUAUCAUACCAAACACAUCCGAGGCUACACUAAGGAGCUUGGCCAUACCGGGGAGUUAAUGAAGGAGUUCGGUGGGAAUCGCACUAGGGUAUACAAUGCCAUAUUGCACGAACUCACGCACAGUUCUCGCGGCGGUCCAGGACUUGCUCGCAUGCAGCGACUGCGCAGCGUCAACGAACAAUUCCUUUCAGCUCUCGGCAACCGCAACAUUGAAGACGUUGAGUUUGCACCUUGGCCGGCAGAUGUGGCGCUUUGGCAGACAAUAUCGAUUCUCUGGAAGCACUGUGGUCGAUAUUGGCAGUUUGCUGGAUUUCUCAACAUCGAUGAAGGCUUUAUCAUAUUCGAACUAAUCCGGAAAUUUGCCAUUCAAUGGCAGUGGCCGACGAACAUGGAUGCUGUCGAUCAGGCCUUACUUCGAAAUCCCCAGUUCAACUCUACUUACAACGUGAAAAGGGAAAUUUUGGACCACGAGCUGCCAGAGGAUAUGUCAGAGGAGGAAAUGCUGCACUUCAAGUUCGAAGAAUGCACCAUCACGAAGAGACCUGAUCCCAAUAAACUCCCUAAGCGGGAGAUGCGCCAACCCAAGGCCAGGGAACUAUCCAACGAAGAUGUAGUAUGUGGUCCUUCGUGAAUUCCGAAACAUCCUGUAUUGACAUGCAGUACAGCGGCAGCUGCUGCGGGAUUUCACACAGAUAACCAGAGAGACCUACCCCAUCGAAGAUCCGCGGGGUUAUCUUCAUUACAUUCCUUGGACGGAAUUGAGCAACUUAAGUGAGGAUGAUCUGCACCGUGCAGGCAUCAGCGUUGCAG